CAGCUGCCCCCCGACCCCAGCCCCCACCAUGUGUGAGGUGAUGCCCACAAUCAACGAGGGGGACCCCCUGGGCCCCCCCCACGGCGCCGAGGCCGACGCCAAUUUUGAGCAGCUGAUGGUGAACAUGCUGGACGAGCGCGAGAAGUUGCUGGAGUCCCUGCGGGAGAGCCAGGAGACCUUGGUGGCCACCCAGAGCCGGCUCCAGGAGGCCCUGCACGAGCGGGACCAGCUCCAGCGGCACCUGAACUCCGCCCUGCCCCAGGAAUUUGCCACCUUAACCCGGGAGCUGAGCCUGUGUCGGGAGCAGCUCCUGGAGCGGGAGGAAGAGAUCUCCGAGCUGAAGGCAGAGCGGAAUAACACCAGGUUGCUUCUGGAACACCUGGAGUGCCUGGUGUCCCGCCACGAGCGGUCACUGCGCAUGACCGUGGUGAAGCGUCAGGCCCAGUCCCCGUCCGGGGUCUCCAGCGAGGUGGAGGUGCUGAAGGCCCUCAAGUCUCUAUUUGAGCACCACAAGGCCCUGGAUGAGAAGGUGCGAGAACGGCUUCGGGCAGCCCUGGAGCGAGUUGGCACCUUGGAAGAAGAGCUGGCAGGGGCCCACCAACAGGUGUCUGCCUUGCAGCAGGGGGCAGGCCUGCGGGAUGGAGCGGCCGAAGAGGAGGGGACCGUGGAGCUGGGCCCCAAACGCCUGUGGAAGGAGGCCGCGGGCCGCGUGGAGGAGCUGCAGGAGCUGCUGGAGAAGCAGAACUUCGAGCUGAGCCAGACGCGGGAACGGCUGGUCGCUCUGACAGCGGCCGUGGCCGAGCUGGAGGAGGACCUGGGCACGGCCCGCCGGGACCUCAUCAAGUCAGAGGAGCUGAGCAGCAAGCAUCAGCGGGACCUCCGCGAGGCUCUGGCCCAGAAGGAGGACAUGGAGGAGCGAAUCACCACUCUGGAGAAGCGCUACCUGGCCGCCCAGAGGGAGGCCACGUCUAUCCAUGACCUCAAUGACAAGUUGGAGAAUGAGCUGGCCAAUAAGGAAUCCCUGCACCGCCAGUGCGAGGAGAAGGCUCGGCACCUGCAAGAGCUGCUGGAGGUGGCCGAGCAGAAGCUGCAGCAGACUAUGCGCAAGGCGGAGACGCUGCCCGAGGUAGAGGCUGAGCUGGCGCAGAGAAUCGCGGCCCUCACCAAGGCUGAGGAGCGGCACGGCAAUAUCGAGGAGCACCUGCGGCAGCUGGAGGGGCAGCUGGAGGAGAAGAACCAGGAGCUGGCCAGGGUGCGCCAGCGGGAGAAGAUGAACGAGGACCACAACAAGCGGCUGUCAGACACUGUGGACCGGCUGCUGAGCGAGUCCAAUGAGCGCCUGCAGCUCCACCUCAAGGAACGCAUGGCUGCCCUGGAGGAGAAGAAUACUCUGAUCCAGGAGCUGGAAAGUUCGCAGCGGCAGAUCGAGGAGCAGCACCAUCACAAGGGCCGCCUAUCUGAAGAGAUCGAGAAGCUACGCCAGGAGGUGGACCAGCUGAAGGGGCGAGGGGGACAGCUUGUGGAUGGUCCCCACUCCAGGUCCCACAUGGGCAGUGCGGCAGAAGUGCGCUUCUCCCUGGGCACCCAUGGGCCCCCCGGCCUGCAUCGGCGCUACUCGGCACUGCGGGAAGGGUCCGCCAAGGACUGGGAGUCAUCUCCACUGCCCGGGGUGCUGGCUGCCACAACCACCCCUGCCUUUGACAGUGACCCUGAGAUCUCCGACGUAGACGAGGAUGACGCGGGGGGUCUGGUGGGCUCCAUGGAUGCUGUCUCUCCUGGCGGCCACUCGGAUGCUCAGACUCUGGCCAUGAUGCUCCAGGAGCAGCUGGAUGCGAUCAAUGAGGAGAUCAGAAUGAUCCAGGAAGAGAAGGAGUCCACGGAGCUCCGAGCGGAGGAGAUCGAGACGCGGGUGACCAGCGGCAGCAUGGAGGCCCUCAACCUGCCACAGCUGCGCAAGCGCGCCUCCAUCCCCACCUCCCUGACGGCCCUGUCCCUGGCCAGUGCUUCCCCGCCCCUCAGUGGGCGCUCCACCCCGAAGCUCACCUCCCGCAGUGCUGCCCAGGACCUGGACCGCAUGGGGGUGAUGACCCUGCCCAGUGACUUACGGAAGCACAGGAGGAAGCUGCUGUCGCCAGUGUCUCGGGAAGAGAACCGAGAGGAUAAAGCCACCAUAAAAUGUGAGACUUCCCCUCCUUCCUCACCCAGGACGCUGCGGCUCGAGAAGCUCGGCCACCCCGCCCUGAGCCAGGAGGAAGGCAAGAGCGCCCUGGAGGAUCAGGGGAGCAACCCCAGCAGCAGCAACAGCAGCCAGGACUCCCUGCACAAAGGCGCCAAGCGCAAGGGCAUCAAGUCGUCCAUCGGCCGCCUGUUCGGGAAGAAGGAGAAGGGCCGCUUCAUCCAGCUGAACCGCGACGGGGCCACGGGCCAAGUUCUGCUCACAGACUCCGAGCUGAGUCUGCAGGAGCCCCUGGUGCCCGCCAAGCUGGGGACCCAAGCCGAGAAGGACCGGCGGCUGAAGAAGAAGCACCAGCUGCUUGAAGAUGCCCGCAGGAAAGGGACACCCUUCGCCCAGUGGGACGGCCCCACGGUGGUCUCCUGGCUGGAGCUCUGGGUGGGCAUGCCUGCCUGGUACGUGGCGGCCUGCCGGGCCAAUGUCAAGAGUGGUGCCAUCAUGUCGGCUCUGUCGGACACAGAGAUCCAGCGUGAGAUCGGCAUCAGCAACGCCCUGCACCGGCUCAAGCUCCGGCUGGCCAUCCAGGAGAUGGUGUCCCUGACCAGCCCCUCUGCGCCACCCACCUCUAGGACUUCUUCCGGGAAUGUCUGGAUCACUCACGAAGAGAUGGAAACUCUGGCGACAUCCACGGAAACCGACAGUGAGGAGGGCAGCUGGGCUCAGACCCUGGCCUACGGGGACAUGAACCACGAGUGGAUCGGCAACGAGUGGCUGCCCAGCCUGGGGCUCCCCCAGUACCGCAGCUACUUCAUGGAGUGCCUGGUGGACGCGCGCAUGCUGGAUCACCUCACCAAGAAGGACCUGCGGGUCCACCUGAAGAUGGUGGACAGCUUUCACCGCGCCAGUCUCCAGUAUGGCAUCAUGUGUCUGAAGAGGCUGAACUAUGACCGGAAGGAGCUGGAGAAGAGGCGGGAGGAAAGUCAGCACGAGAUCAAGGAUGUGCUGGUCUGGACCAACGACCAGGUGGUGCACUGGGUGCAGUCCAUCGGGCUCCGGGACUACGCGGGGAACCUGCACGAGAGUGGGGUGCACGGGGCCCUGCUGGCCCUGGAUGAGAACUUCGAUCACAACACGCUAGCCCUGGUCCUCCAGAUCCCCACGCAGAACACGCAGGCUCGCCAGGUGAUGGAAAGAGAGUUCAACAACCUGCUGGCCUUGGGUACUGACCGGAAGUUGGAUGAUGGGGAGGACAAGGUGUUCCGCCGCGCGCCCUCCUGGAGGAAACGCUUCAGGCCGCGGGAGCAGCACGGUGGCCUGCUCAGCGCCUCGGCCGACACGCUCCCCGCCGGCUUCCGCGUGGCCCCGCUGGGCACCCUGGCGCCCGCGGCCGCCGCGCCCAAGAAGCUGCUGCCCGAAGCCGGGACGGCGGGGCCGCAGAGACUCGAGCCCUCCACGGUCCGGACCUACUCCUGCUGACCCCGCCUCCCGCCCCGCGCGCGGCUCGGGCUCACUCCCACUAUCUCUACGGACACAUGCUCUCUGCCUUCCGCGACUAGCCGCAGGGCCCAGGGCCGAGUCCGCGUCCUGGCCUCACCCUCCUGCUCGGUCCCCUUCCUCCCGUGGCCCCCAGUCUCCACGUUGACUGUCCAGUAGGCCUGGAUCCCCACAUAUACUUGCCCUGCCCCGACUCCCAACACCCCAGUCCCACCGUGUGUGCUUUGUAAGUUUUCCAUGGACAGGCGGGGGCUCCUGGCCCGAGGCCCCUCCACAGUUGUCCCUGUCUGGGAUUCAGGGGCCAGGAGAGGAGGGAGCCCCAGGGCGGGUGUGACGCCCCUCUCCUUCUCUGGACCCCGCCUGGUCUGGACUGUGACCUCCACCAGAGACCAGGACAUCACGCCAAGGGCUGGGAUCGCCCUUCCCCAAAUGGGCAACUUCGACUCUACCUUGCCGGGGCUGUGUGGCCUUCUGGGUCCCAGCCACAUCCUGGCCCUUCCAGA